AAUGCUGACUUUAAGAACGCCUUCGAAGCUCUUCAUAGUAAGGUGAAACAAGUGAACGACUUCUCAUCUGGAAAGAAACUGAAGUCUGAAGGUUUCGACAAAGAGUUAAGAGAAGUAGCACAAAAUAUGACGAAAAUAACAGAUGCAGCAACGAGACAGGCAGUUCAAAGUGCCUAUGACGCCGUUAGAGCAACUGUUGUGGAAAGUCAAGAAAAAGAGUUACAACAGACCAAAACAGACCUAGUAAAUGCUUUCUUAAAAACGAAAAGUCAGGUAGGACAUUAUGCUGCAGAUGGAACAUAUGUGCCAGCUGGUGGAACUUAUAUACCACCAAACCCUCCAAGAGAAGCACCUGCACCAGGACUACCUAAAACAUUUACAUCGUCACAUGGACACAGACACAGGCAUGCACCACAACAACAACCAAAACCAACAGUUCAAAAUCCAGCACCACAACCAACAGUUCAAAACACUGCACCACAACCAACAGUUCAAAAUCCAGCACCACAACCAACAGUUCAAAACACUGCACCACAACCAACAGUUCAAAAUCCAGCACCACAACCAACAGUUCAAAACACUGCACAACAACCACCUCCACAACCAGCACAGCAACCAACAGUUCAAAACCCUCCACAACAACAACCACAAACAGAGCAAGGACAUAAAAGAAGUAGAGAACAAGGAAACCAAGAUUUCUUAAAAAUGCUUAAAGAAGACUAUGGUUACCCAGAUACUCUUGACUUUAGUGACAGAUAUAAAGAAGCUAUUAGAAAGUUCAAGGAAGGAAAUACUGACCCGAACCUAUUUAGCUUUAUGGUUCAGCACCAAAUGGGAUAUAAUUUCAAACCUGGAAAAUACAAGCUCGCUAAGGGAUAUGAUUUAAUAGCAUAUCAUCCAAAUGACAUGACUGAAUUUACUCCGAGAUAUUUGGUGUCAGAGCUAAAUGA